AUGGCCUACAGCGCGUGCUUCUUGCACCAGAGUGCACUUGUCUCCUCCGCCGCACGAUCUUCUUCGCUUCGCCAUGUGUCCUUCUCUAGACCCGUCCAUUUAGCAUGUAGAGCUCAACAACAGUCUCAGGAAGACGUGAACUCUGCCAUCUCUCGCCGUCUUGCCCUCACCUUCCUCGUCGGUGCUGCUGCCGUCGGAUCCAAAGUCUCUCCUGCUGAUGCCGCCUAUGGUGAAGCCGCAAAUGUAUUUGGCAAGCCAAAGACGAACACAGACUUCAUGCCUUACACGGGAGAAGGAUUCAAAGUCGAGAUCCCAUCAAAGUGGAACCCAAGCAAAGAAGUUGAGUAUCCAGGACAAGUCCUGAGGUACGAAGACAACUUCGACGCCACCAGCAAUGUCUCUGUUAUGGUCACUCCUACAGACAAGAAAUCCAUCACUGAUUACGGUUCUCCCGAAGAGUUCCUUUCUCAGGUCAAUUAUCUCCUUGGAAAGCAAGCGUACUUUGGCGAAACCGCCUCUGAGGGAGGGUUUGAUGCAAAUGCAGUAGCAACUGCAAACAUUCUUGAAUCAUCCGCACAAGAGAUAGGUGGGAAACAGUACUAUUACUUGUCGGUUUUGACAAGAACAGCUGAUGGAGAUGAAGGUGGGAAGCACCAGCUGAUCACAGCUACUGUGAAUGGAGGGAAGCUUUACAUCUGCAAAGCACAGGCAGGAGACAAGAGGUGGUUCAAAGGCGCCAGGAAGUUUGUCGAGAAUGCUGCUACUUCCUUCAGUGUUGCUUGA